UCUCUCUCUCUUUCUCUUUCUCUCAUAUGGGCAAUCACAUCUCAUUCUGCCGGUUAGAAGGAAGUGGGAAAGUCAUUCUUUCGAACGGAACAGUUCACCGGUAUGACAAACCUUUAACGGUUGCAGAGCUGAUGUUAGAGUACCCGCAAGAGGCUGUGGUUGAAAUCCAAUCAGUUUUGAAUGGAAAAAAGCCAUGUCCAUUGCCUGCCGAUAAUAAGCUGGAGACCAACAAGGUGUACCUCAUGCUUCCAAUGAAGAGAGGCAAGCCAGCAGUACUAUUGUCAUCUGGAGAAGCUCGUCGAAUUCUUUUAAGGGCAAAUUCAGUUUUAAAGACCAAAUCCCUUUUGUCUGCAUCAGGAUUUCUCCCACUGUUUGCAAGGAUAUGCCCAGCAAGCGCCGGAGAGGGACAGGAUCAGUUUGUGCUGCAUCGGAAAGAAAAAUUGGCGGAGAAGUCAGAGGAGACCUCCAAACAAGAAGUUUUCGAUGAAAUUGUGGGUGGGACGCCGGAGUAUUUGAGCAGGCAAUUCUCAGGGAAGGGGUGGAAGCCAAGUUUAGAUACAAUUAAGGAGAAGAAAGUGAAGACAAAGGUCCCUCACUGGUUGUUUUGAACAUGUGGUCUUGCAACCAUGAUGGAGAGAGAAAGAAUGUGUUCCUAAUGAGCAAGGUGGUUAUUGAGUCUAGCUAGAGAUGCCGCCAUGUGGGCAGUGCAUGAAAGAACUGUAGUGAUAUGCAGUGUAAUUACGUAUUGUGUUAUGUAUCCUCUUUGGUUGCUGAAAUUCUGAGUGAUCAUGAUAUGCGUG